ACAUGCAUUGCUAUUACAAGAGAAAGUAAAUGUUUCUCUGUUGGUUCUGACGCUUAUUGUACUGGCAGGAUCUUUUGCUGAAGAAAAUACUGGAUUAUUUCUUUUGCGAUUAGAUAUUUUGAUAUUCAGAGACAUUGCCUAUAACAAUUGACUUCAACAGGAAGUUUUUUUUUUUCAGACAGACGGCUUAUCUGAAAUAUGCUGUGCUUUGACUCCAUUUGAAAUCUAGCAAUAUUUCUGGAAACUGAGCUCUUUCAACAUUAAACGACAAUGGUUCGGAAUAUUGAUGACCUUGAUUUUUGCCUGCCAUCUCAUGCUCAGUCCAUCCUGGAGGGCCUCAGAACCAUGAGAUUCAAUGCAAAAUUUGCAGAUGUCACCCUUAUUGUUGGUGUACAGGAGUUCCCAUGUCACCGCAGUGUUUUAGCUCUUUGCAGUGUCUAUUUCAACACCAUGUUUUCAGGCAACUUCCUAGAGAGUAUCUCUGCUCGGGUGGAAAUCAAAGAAGUUGACCCAGUUAUGCUGGGGAUUCUCAUAGACUUUGCAUACACAGGAAAACUGACAAUAAAUCAGCAGAAUGUGGAAGCCUUGACCCGUACCUCCAACCAGCUCCAGUUCACUGCAGUUAGAAAAGCCUGCAGUCGGUAUCUUCAGCAACAGAUUGACCCUACAAACUGUCUUGGCAUUUACGAGUUUGGGGAGCUACAUGGUUGUUUGGAGGUUUUGGCUAAAGCCCGGGCUUUCCUCCUUGAGAACUUUGAACUUGUUUCACAAUAUGAAGAGUUCUUGCUGCUGUCCAAAGAGAAACUCAUCACAUAUAUGACCAAUGACCUUUUACAGGUGCGAGAGGAACAAAGCAUGGUGGAAGCUGUGCUGAGAUGGGUGAGGCAUGAUUCAGACAGACGAGCACAGUACCUCCCAGAACUUCUGAGGUUGUCAGAACUGCAGUAUCUACCAGGUGACUACCUGAAGAAUUUGCUAAUAUCUGAGGAGCUGAUUAAGGAGUCAGAUGCAUGCAAAGCACUGAUUGAAAAAUAUAAUAAGAUGGGAAUUGAAACAUCCACAGUAAGGAGGUCUGAAACCAGUCUUCACAAGCUUCAGGAGGUGUUGGUUCUAGUGGGGGGGAAAGCAUUGGAAGAAGAUGAUGAAGAUGAUGAAGAGGAAGAACAGUCAGUACCAGUGAUUUCUAGGAAUGCUGCUUUUUACAAUCCUAAAACCAAACUCUGGAUGGUUCUCCCUGAUUUUCCUGAUUAUAACAAGUGGGGAUUUUCAGUUGUUGCACUGAAUAAUGAAGUGUAUGUUACUGGAGGAUCACGAGGUUCCAGAAAUGACAGUUGGUGCACAACUCAGGCCUGGAGGCUAGACUUUAAAGAGGGGAAGUGGAAACCUGUUGCACCCAUGCUGAGGCCAAGGACAAACCAUUCCACUGCAGUGCUGAAUGGGGAGAUCUACGCAAUUGGAGGGACGUCCCUGGAUACUCUUGAAGGUGAGCGAUAUGAUCCGUACAGCAAUGCCUGGACGCUGAUUGGCCCUGCUCCCAAGUACGUCAGCAAUUUCAGUAUUACAGGAUGCACAGGAAAGCUCUAUGUGAUUGGCUCAUGUGCAAUGAAAUACAAUGCACUGACACUACAGUGUUACAAUCCAGUUGUAGAUAGCUGGAGUCUUAUAGCCUCUCCUUUUAUGCCAAAGUAUUUGUCCUCUCCAAGGUGUGUCUCUGUGGAUGGAGUCGUCUACUUGAUUGGAGACAACACAAAGAAGGUCUACAUGUAUGACCCAGAUGCUAACAUGUGGCACAAGGUACAGCUUCUGCAGAUGCUCCACGAAAAUGGUGGGAUGGCAGUGAUUGGUGGCAAGAUCUAUGUAACUGGUGGCCACUGGAAAGGCAUGGAAGGGGACUAUCGAGUUGAGGUGGAGGUGUAUGACUGUGCCAGGGACACAUGGAUUGUAGAAGGGGAGUUGCCUCGACUCUGGUUCUACCAUGGUCCAUGCUCUGUAUUCAUUGAUACCUCAAAAUGGGGUGAAUCGUUUCCCGAGAAUGAAACAUAGCAGGGCUGGCAGUUUAACCAACAAGGUUUUUUUUUACAAAAGGCUUCAUUUUUUUACCCACCUUAUAUCCAAUCAGAAGUAAUGACUGAGUUGAUGAAUUUCAUAUGCCAAAUUAAUUUCAACAAUAAUUACUUCUUAGAAGAUAUCCAAACAGAGUGGUCAUUUUAUGAGUUACUUAGCAGAUGUACAUUUUAGAAUUACUUUCACAUACUUCAUUCUGACACUUUAUGGUUAAUUUAGGAUAUAUUUAACAUGUUUUAGUUACUUAGUAGAUGUGCAUUUUAGAAUUGUUUUCUCAUACUUCAUGCUGACAUUUUGCUGUUAAUUAACUAUAUGUUUUACAUUUGUUUUUUAGGUUGUCUUUUUCAGUGUUUGGCACAAUGUAGCCUUUGCAAAAUAUUUGCAUCAGAAUGAUGUUUACUUAUUUAAGUUGCCUUAGAGUGACUGGUUUUGACUUUGUUAGUAUGAAGCAGGCAACAACUUCACAAAUACAGCAACAAUAAAGUGUGAGAAAAGCAAAUGUAUAAUGUUUUGAGCCGGGCUGUGCGGUAAGAGGGACGAGCACUUGCUGCGUUUCAGGUGACCAGGGUUUGAUUAGCGGCCCUAGUACUGGAGGAGCAUGACAGGGAGUGGGAGGAGUGAAGGGGCAAAUGGCAGCUUACCUGUUCUGGGGGGGGGGAGCUUACAUGCGUUUGUGGGCACACUGGGUGAUCCUUCUGGUGGAGACCACUGCUCAUGCUUUCCAUAAAGGAGCAGGGCUGCUAGGGUUUCCCGGAAGUGAGAGACAUCUCUGCAGAGAGCCCAUCACACUCCUCUCUCUAGUGCCUAGCGGAAUGUGCAUAACUCAUGGCUGGGGAGAAAUUAAGAAAAAAUGCAACAACUCUGAUGACUGUGUAAAUGGUAGUACCUCCUAGUCAACCCUUGCCUGUUGAUGGGAUCAAAUGGGCUGAUUGUCUGGAAGGGGGUUGAUGGUUGACAGAACGAGGGAAAAAGAGCUGCACAAAUGCACAAUCCUCUGAGUUGCAAUAAAUAAGAAAAUCUUUCUUGUCUAGCACAUUUUAAAAUACAUGCAGUAAGAAUGGUAAAACAAAAUGCUGAGUUUACAAAUAGAAUUAUAGUUGGUGUAAAUGAAAUAAGGCAUUCUUAUAUUUGUUUCUUCUCAAGGGAAUCAGAUCUUUGUAUUCAUGUAGUCUAGUCAACUCUUUUUGGACAAAAGUGAUUGGCAUGAAUGUUGUUUGCUAAUGAAGUGCCAUUUACCAAAAAUUUACUUUGAAUAAAAUGCUUUUGGCUAAUAGUGACUGCAGUAGCACUUGAAUAAUUUGGUCACUUUAGAAUUAGAGUUGUGGUUAAGUUUGGUUCUGUUACCAUUCGGUGUAGUGCUGAGGAUUUAAGUUGAAGGACAGGGUUAUAAUUAGUAAUGGAGUUAGAUGUGAGACUAGUCUUAGCUUUAUGUUUGUAAUCUGUGUUAGGUUUAGGUUUAGUGUUAUGGGGUAUAUGUAGUAUUAUGUCUUGUAUGUGGGGUAUGGCAUCUUUGCCUCUCAUAAGUGACCAGCGUAUGUGAAACUGUGUUUUGUUGCAGUAACUACCUAAAUGUGUUUACAGGGUGAAGUCAAUAUUGCAGGCAGGUUGCACUAAAUGGGAUAAAAUGAGAGACAAAAGAAUAUCUAAGAGAUGUGGAAAGAUGUUAAAGCAUUAUUUUGUUGAGAGUAGUGUCUUUUUUAAACAGAAGUAAGAAUUUAAAAAGUAAGACAGCUUUGCUAGUGUACUUAAUAAAAUUCCAGAUGCUUAUUUAAAUUGAAGGAUCUGGAAACCUGCCCAGGCUCUUUAGGGCAAGAAUUUUAUGGAAUUUCUCAAAGAGGUUUGCCUUGUGUCAUUCUUUUUCUAUAGCGUUGUGAAGCAGAGAAAUUGGGUCUCAUAGUUAAAAGAUAUGCAUUUAAAAUCAUCCAUUAGAAAACUGAAUUACUUACAUUGUACAAAAUUUUCUUUUUUCAUUACAAUACCCAAAGAAUUAAAUAUAUUAAAAUAAAACAGGAAGUUGAAGACAAUUAUGAAAUUGUUACAAAUGUUUUUUGGCACAAGAUAGAGAUUAUUGUAAAUAUAAUGACUUCACAAAUGAAAAUGCUCACUUGUGUAGCAACUAUUGCAUAUUUACUUUAAAUAAUAGUAUUUGUAAAUGUUUGGUAUUAAGUAUUAGGCCUUUCUGCUCACAGUAUAACUACACAAUGGGUUUCCAAAAUUAGGAAAAACAAAGUAUGCGAGUAAAGUUGUGGAUAUACAAAAACAUGCCCACUAUUCUGUCUGAUGGUGAUUACAUAGUCAUGUAUCAUGAAAAUAGCAAAAGAUAUGGAUGCUUCUCCUAUAGUUUAUAGUCUUUCACUGAAGCAAGAACUGGACAAAACAAACUAGUAGAAGUUUCAGUUUAAAAAAACAAAGUAUUUUUUGUGGAAACAUAGGCCCCUCCUCCUCCAAAACUCCUUAUCUAUAUGUACGUAUGUAUACAUACUAACUUGACAGUCACACAACAAAAGCCCAUAUACUUGAAACCAUUGCUGGCAGACCCACAGAAACCACAAUGGCAGCAGAGAAACAUUUAGCGCUAUCUUCCCUAGGCAACCGCCUAGGGCCUGGUAAUAGGCAGAAGGCUCCAUCAGUGCUGCCAGUCACUGUCACACUCACACCAAUAUUAAAACUUUUUCUAUGGCUACCAGUACUGUGUGGGUUACUUCUGAGUUAUUGUUGCACAAUCAUGGUCACUGGAAAAGUUCCAUGACUAUACAUUGGUAUAUAAAUUAAACAGAUGCAAAAGAACAGCUUCUCCAUCUCUACCAGUCUGGUAGAAUAACAAUGUAAAAAAAACUACCUCUACUGCUUCAACAAGUCAAAUACCAUCAGAAGUACUCUGUCCAGGGAGCUAAUUAUCUUCUGCAACAUUAACAGAAUAAUUUGGAGGGGUACAUACAUCUUGCAGAGGGUAUCACUGCUCUGAAACAGACUCGCCAUCCUUGUAAAAUAAAGGUCAUCCUUAUCCAUAUUCAAGUACAACUUGGAUGAGAAAUAGAAAAUUUACCCCAGGACUUCACCCUUUACUACUAAUGGAC